AUGACAUCUAAUCAUAUUAAAAAACAAAUUGAAGAUAUAAAAAAUUUAAUUAAAAAUAAUAUUGAUAUAUUAAUAAAUGAAACUUAUAAAAAUCAACAAAAUGAAUGUAAUAGUAAUCUUUUAGAAAAGGAAUUUAUAAAAAUAAAUAAUCAAACUUAUAAUAAAUAUGAAACUAGUUAUAAAGAAGAAUUAAUACCUUUUAUAAAUGAAAAAGAUUAUAUUGAUACAAUUGAAAUUAUAAAUGAAUUUCCAGCAAUGGCAAGAAAACAAUUUUAUAGAUAUGUUAAAACGGUUAUUGGUAUACAUAUUGGUGUUUUGGUUUUUUUAUUAUUUUUUUUCAUAUCUAAAUAUGAAAAAAUAUUCUUUACAUUAUUAAUACUUUAUAUUUUAUCGGUUUUAUUUUUUAUACUUUGUUGUCUAAUACAAAAAAAAUUGCACCCUUUAUCCCAAACCCUAAUAUUUCUUUUUUUAAAUUAUUAUGACAUAAAUAUUUUAAUUAAAAAUUAUUUUCAUAUAUUAAAUGAAAAGUUUGAAAACUUGGGUUUGGUUUUUAAAUGUGAGUGGAUCCCCAAGCCUAUAGAAAAGUCAAAUGAAAAAUUUAUACAACAAGAAAUAACAAUUUUUUACCCACUUUUACCUCUAGAAUCAUUCAUUGCAAUAGAUAUUAAUACUCUUGGUAAUGAUAGCGCCGAUAAUUAA